AAACCUACUAUUUGCAAGAUGUGGACUCCAAAAUAGUGCUGGACGAUUUCAGAAAACCAGUCACUGAGUAUGGGAUAAGAAACAAAUCAGUGUGCAGGUUUGUUAAAAAAUUAAGGAAGAAGACUUUUGGAAGAAAUGACUAAGCCCAAUUAUGAAGUUUAUAAACUUAAUUGUGGUGCUCCUACAAACAGUAACAGCCUCCUUGGAUGAUAGUCAAUAUCCUUGGCUUGACCAGAUGACACGCGAAGCAACCAUCACAACUUAUUGUGACCAAAAGUCACUCAGACAUCGUAGUUUGAAUGUCUCAUCUCUGGACCACAUUCUUGUUGAUCACAAUCAUAAAUUUUUGUACUGUUAUGUGCCAAAAGUUGCUUGUACAAAUUGGAAAAGGGUCAUGAUGGUCUUGACUGGCAAGGCUAACGUCACAAAACUAACAGAUAUUCCAUCUGAGGCCGUUCACACAGUGAACGCCACCAUAAAAUUAUCUAAUUUAAGCUCAAAGGAGGCUAAGGAUUGCUUGAACACUUACACCAACUUUUUGAUGGUCAGGCAUCCCUUUGAAAGACUUUUGUCCGCCUAUCGGAACAAAUUCGAAGGUCCCUCGGUUUAUUUUAAGUUACGCUUCGGCCGUUACAUAAUCAAGAACUAUCGUACCAACGCCACGGACUCUGAGGUGGAAACCGGCCGACCGUCCUUCUCCGAAUUUGUACGUUAUAUAAUUAAGGAGGGUUUAAGGGAAAACGAGCACUGGACUCCGAUCUACGAUCUGUGCCAUCCGUGCAGCAUAAACUACACGUUUGUCGGACGUUACGAGACGUUGGGGCAAGACUCCACCACGAUCCUCGACAUGAUCGGGGCUCCGCCGAUCGUCUUUCCGGCCACCAGGACGCACGGCACCUCGGAUCUGGUCCGAGACUACUUACAGCAGUUGUCCAUAACGGAAAUCGGGGAGCUGCGCAAGUUGUACCAGAGGGACUUCGAAAUGUUCGGGUACAAUUUGGAGAGUCUUUUAGGCUACGAUUUGGCCUGAAGCUGUUGCCAUUCCGUUCACCUGAUUCAUGUUACUUGCCAGUCAUUAGUUGUAACGUUUUGUACAUAUUUUGAUGUUUUUUACUACUCUUUAGUCCGUCCCCUAGAAUAUUUGUAAUAGUAACUAAUUAAUUAUAAAAUUUUACUCGUAA